UGGGGGCUCUUGGUCUUGAGUUUUGAUUUUGAGCUGAGUUAUUUAAAAAAAAGCUCAUAAUAUCAUCACCCAAAUUUAAAAGAGUUUAUUUAUCGCUACAAAGGAAAGCAUGAAAAAUUUGUACGUGGUAAUAAUGCUCCAUUGAAUUUCUCCCUCUCACUCUUCUUUUGAUUUUUUUUUUAAAUGUCCAUUCCAAAUCCUCUCAUCAACACCUACAUCUCUCUAAUCCAAUCGUGCCUAAACUCCAAAAACCCCUUUUCCCGCGCGAAAUCAAUCCAUUCCCUCAUCAUCAAAUCCGGCCUCCUCUCCUCCUCCACUUACCUAACCAACAACCUCAUCAACCUCUACUCGAAACUCUCCAUUUUCUCCGAUGCCCAUCAACUGUUCGACGAGAUGCCUCAACCGAACAUCUUCUCUUGGAACUCCGUCCUGUCGAUGUACGCGAAAUCCAGCCAGCCCGAAUUGGCAAUCCAAGUGUUUGAUAAAAUGCCCGAGAGAGAUUCGGUUUCUUAUACUGCGAUGAUCGUCGGUUUUAACCAAACAGGUCGGUUCAACAUGGCCCUUAAAACGUUCUCGAAGAUGAUCGUGGAUGGGAUUUCUCCUACCCAGUUCACAUUCACUAACAUUUUGUCGUCUUGUACGUUGAAGACCGAGGGAAUUGAUACCGGGAAAAAGUUGCAUUCAUUCAUAGUUAAGCUCGGGCUUAGUGGGUAUGUACCAGUGGCGAACUCGCUUAUAAAUAUGUACGGAAAAGCUGGAGACUUGAGGACGGGGAAGUUGGUUUUCGAUAGGAUGAGCCUGAGGAGUGUUUCAAGCUGGAAUUCUAUGGUUUCGAUGUACUCCCAGUCAAAAAGAAUGGAUCUUGCUCUUUCGCUGUUCGAGAGAAUGGAAGAAAGAAGCAUCAUUUCUUGGAAUGCAAUGGUUGCAGGAUACAAUCAGAAUGGUUUCAAUCUUGAAGCUUUAUACUUCUUUGCUCGAAUGUUAAAGGAGACAUCUCUGAUCCCUGAUAAAUUCACUUUGACGAGUGUUUUAUCUUCUUGUGCGAAUCUUGGAUUGUUGAGAACUGGGGAAGAGAUUCAUGGUUAUAUUGUGAGAAAUCAAAUGGAGUGCAAUGGGCAAGUUGGAAAUGCUUUAAUAUCAAUGUAUUCGAAAUCUGGUGGAGUUCAAAUUGCUCAUAGAGUUGUGGAGAGAAUAGUUGAUUCUUCAAAUCUUAAUGAGAUAUCGUUCAACCGCUCUUCUUGAAGUUAUCUCAAGAUCGGUGAGCUUCCACUGCCAGAAGAGAUAUUGAUCGAUGAAGCAGACUGAUGUAGUACCUGGACUGCAAUGGUUGUAGGCUAUGUUCAAAACGGUUUUAAUGCUGAUGCUAUUGAUCUCUGAUUGAUGAUUAAAAUAGGUCCUGGGCCAAAUAGUUACACUCUUGCAGCAAUUCUAAGUGUUUGUUCCAGUCUUGCUUCGCUUCGACAUGGGAAAGAGAUUCACUCAAAAGCCAUUAGAUCACGCGAAGGUCUCUCAGUCUCGGUUAGCAAUGCCCUGAUCACAAUGUACGCAAAAUCAGGGAGUAUUUCUCUAGCGGGACGAGUUUUUGAUCAAGUUUAUUGGGAAAAGGAGACUGUUUCUUGGACCUCUAUGAUUAUAGCUUUAGCCCAACAUGGACUUGGUGAACAAGCAAUAGAUCUAUUUGAAGAAAUGAUUAAAAUCAGUGUUGAGCCUGAUCAUAUAACGUAUGUUGGGGUAUUAUCAGCGUGUACUCAUGUUGGAUUUGUCCAGAAAGGAAAAACCUAUUUCGAAAUGAUGAAGAAUGUACAUAAUAUCGAACCAACAUCAAGCCACUAUGCUUGUAUGAUCGAUAUGUUAGCUCGUGGUGGGCUACUCGAAGAAUCACUAGACUUCAUUAAAUCUAUGCCAGUUGAGCCUGAUGAUAUAGCUUGGGGCUCGCUAUUAUCAGGCUGUAAAGUUCAUAAAAACGUGAACAUCGCAGAAUUUGCUGCAGAUAGAUUACUAUCAUUAGACCCUAACAAUAGCGGAGCUUAUACAGCGCUGGCCAAUGUAUAUUCCUCUUGUGGAAAAUGGCGAGAGGCAGCGAAUGUUUGGAAGCUGAUGAAGGACAAAGGGGUGAAAAAGGAACAAGGAUUCAGUUGGAUGCAUGUAAAGAAUAAAGUUCAUGUCUUUGGAGUUGAUGAUUCGGUGCAUCCUCAAAGAGAGGGGGUCUAUAAAAUGGCUGCUAAAUUUUGGGAAGAGAUAAAGAAGGCAGGAUUUGUUCCUGAUACUGGGUCAGUGCUUCAUGAUAUUGAGGAGGAGUUGAAGGAGGAGUUGUUGAGUAGGCACAGUGAGAAGCUUGCUGUGGCUUUUGGGUUGAUUAGCACACCAGAGAAGGAGACACUAAGGAUUAUGAAGAACUUGAGGGUUUGUAAUGAUUGUCAUAAUGCAAUGAAGUUUAUAUCUAAGGUUUUUGACAGGGAGAUUAUUGUUAGAGAUGCUACUAGGUUUCAUCAUUUUAGAGAUGGGUUUUGCUCUUGUAGAGAUUAUUGGUGAGAAGGAAGAGCUUUUUGUUUUAUUGGGUUAGCGCAGACACAUCCCUUGUAUCAUAAGAGGUUAAGCACUUGCUAUCCCUGAAAGGUUUUAGGGGUACAUGCUGAUAGAUCCCUUACUAUCGCUCAAUUGCAGAUAGAGCCCCUAAAUAAAUCUUUUUUUUUUCCGAGACCUUUUACGAGGUCUGUUUGCAAUUAACCCAAGGUUUUAUUAACACUCGGAUUCACUAGUAUUUAUUCAAACAGAGUUAUCUCUUAGUUAUAUGUAUCUAUACGGUGUGACCUGUAAAUUCAGCAUCUGUAAGACAAUACGAGAUCUCUUUGUAUCACAUUGAAAUGUUAGAGGGCCUUAUCAGCAGUACAUUGAUGUUAUGGAAAACCCAA